AUGCCACGCGCGUCCGAUAUACUCCCACACGGUAUCCCGUAUGAGGCGAAAAACCGUGCCUUACCCGACAAAAUUGACUGGCGUGAAUCUGGUUAUGUGACGGGGGUGAAAGAUCAGGGAAACUGUUUCCUGUUGGGCUUUCUCAACAACCGGGCUGUGGAAGGUCAGUGUCGAUACAAUAGGCAGUUUGUAGUUGCCAAUAUGACUGGCUACUAUACUGUGCAUUCUGGCAGUGAGAUAGGAUUGAAAAAUUUAGUCGGCGCCGAAGGACCUGCUGCGGUCGCUGUGGAUGUUGAAUCUGACUUCAUGAUGUACAGGAGUGGUAUUUAUCAGAGCCAAACUUGUUCACCGCUUGGUUUGAAUCAUGCAGUCUUGGCUGUCGGUUACGGAACACAGGAUGGUACUUCUACAUUCGCUGACACACUCACAAUAGAAAUAAGGGAGCAUAGUGAAACUUUACUUGUCAUCGUUGCGGGUAAUUUUAUUCUCUAG